GUUGCGCCGUGGGGAGGGGCGAACGAGAGGUGUCCGUCAGGCCGUGUGUCCCAGGCCGUCGAACCCGCUGUCGCGCUGCGUCUGCUCCUUGCAUGCCUUUAGAUGGUACAGCCUUCAGCCGGGGCUUCGGGAGACAGUGCAGCCGCCGAGCAUCUCUGCUGAGCUUCUCCGCCGAUCCUCCUUUUCUAGCAGGCAGCUCUUCUAGGCCACGUCCAGGUCGAGGGGGAAAAUGGCGCCGGCGCCCCUAGGCGUCCCGGAGGAGCAGUUGCUGGGGUGUCGAUCUAGAUUGCUUUCUCGGUUACUCUUCAUUGCCCAGACCGCUCUCCUCCUGUUGCCCGCCGCCGGAGCAGGUCUCUGCCCCGCGCCCUGCUCCUGCCGCAUUCCUCUCCUGGACUGCAGUCGCAGGAAAUUGCCCGCACCGAGCUGGAGGGCGCUGUCGGGCUUGCUGCCCCCCGACACCGCUAUCCUGGAUUUGAGUCAUAAUCGGUUGUCUAACUGGAACAUCAGCUUGGAAUCACAAACAUUACAGGAAGUGAAAAUGAAUUACAAUGAACUAACAGAAAUCCCAUAUUUUGGAGAACCUACAUCUAAUAUUACUCUACUUUCAUUAGUCCAUAAUAUAAUCCCAGAAAUAAAUGCACAGGCGCUCCAGUUUUACCCUGCUCUGGAGAGUUUAGACCUCAGCUCAAAUAUAAUAUCAGAAAUCAAGACAUCUUCAUUUCCUCGCAUGCAGCUUAAAUACCUGAAUUUAAGUAACAACAGAAUAACCACCUUGGAGGCUGGUUGCUUCGAUAAUUUAUCAAGUUCCUUAUUAGUGGUAAAGUUAAACCGUAACCGAAUUAGCAUGAUUCCACCCAAGAUUUUCAAGCUGCCUCACCUCCAAUUCUUGGAACUUAAAAGAAACAGAAUUAAAAUUGUGGAAGGUCUUACAUUCCAAGGGCUUGACUCCUUAAGAUCUUUGAAAAUGCAGCGGAAUGGAAUUAGCAAACUUAAGGAUGGAGCAUUUUUUGGCUUGAAUAACAUGGAAGAACUAGAACUGGAACACAACAACCUUACACGAGUGAACAAGGGGUGGUUGUAUGGCUUGCGAAUGUUACAGCAGCUCUAUGUGAGCCAGAAUGCUAUUGAAAGAAUCAGCCCUGAUGCAUGGGAGUUCUGCCAAAGACUAUCCGAACUUGAUUUGUCCUAUAACCAGCUGACCCGCCUGGAUGAAUCUGCCUUUGUGGGUCUGAGCUUAUUGGAGAGAUUGAAUUUAGGAGACAACAGAGUCACUCAUAUUGCUGAUGGUGUAUUUAGAUUUCUUUCCAAUCUUCAGACAUUAGACUUAAGAAACAAUGAAAUUUCAUGGGCCAUAGAAGAUGCUAGUGAAGCCUUUGCUGGACUCACAAGUCUCACUAAAUUAAUCUUACAAGGAAACCAGAUUAAGUCAAUUACAAAGAAAGCAUUCAUUGGUCUUGAAUCCCUUGAGCAUCUAGAUUUGAACAAUAAUGCUAUAAUGUCUAUCCAAGAAAAUGCUUUUUCUCAGACUCAUUUAAAAGAACUGAUUCUGAACACAAGCAGUUUGCUCUGUGACUGCCAUUUGAAGUGGCUACUUCAAUGGUUGGUUGAUAAUAACUUUCAACAUUCUGUGAAUGUAAGCUGUGCACACCCUGAAUGGCUAGCAGGGCAAAGCAUCCUGAAUGUGGAUCUGAAAGAUUUUGUCUGUGAUGAUUUUCUCAAGCCACAGAUAAGGACACAUCCUGAAACCAUAAUUGCUCUAAGAGGCAUGAAUGUGACUCUGACGUGCACUGCAGUGAGCAGCAGUGAUUCACCCAUGUCCACUGUGUGGCGCAAAGACGGUGAAAUCCUGUAUGACGUGGAUACUGAGAAUUUUGUUCGUUAUCGGCAGCAAGCUGGAGAAGCUCUGGAAUAUACUAGUAUCUUACAUCUUUUCAAUGUGAAUUUCACAGAUGAAGGAAAAUAUCAGUGUAUUGUUACUAAUCACUUUGGUUCUAAUUAUUCUCAGAAAGCCAAACUGACAGUAAAUGAGAUGCCAUCUUUUCUGAAAACGCCAAUGGAUCUGACUAUUCGCACUGGUGCCAUGGCCAGAUUAGAAUGUGCUGCAGAGGGACACCCUGCACCUCAGAUUUCCUGGCAGAAAGAUGGUGGUACUGACUUUCCUGCGGCUCGAGAAAGACGCAUGCACGUCAUGCCCGAGGAUGAUGUCUUCUUUAUUGCCAAUGUGAAAAUAGAAGAUAUGGGAAUCUAUAGCUGCAUGGCACAAAAUACAGCAGGAGGUCUCUCAGCAAAUGCUUCCCUAACAGUGUUAGAGACACCCUCAUUUAUUAGACCCCUGGAGGAUAAGACAGUAACCCGAGGUGAAACUGCGGUGUUACAGUGCAUAGCUGGAGGGAGUCCUGCCCCUCGUCUCAACUGGACUAAAGAUGAUGGGCCUUUGCUGGUGACAGAACGACAUUUCUUUGCUGCAGCCAAUCAGCUUCUCAUCAUUGUAGAUGCCGGGCUAGAAGAUGCUGGGAAAUAUACCUGCAUUAUGUCUAACACCCUUGGGACAGAACGUGGCCACAUUUACCUAAAUGUCAUUUCAUCCCCCAAUUGUGACUCUUCCCAGAGUAGCAUUGGGCAUGAAGAUGAUGGCUGGACCACAGUUGGCAUUGUCAUCAUUGUUGUGGUCUGCUGUGUUGUUGGCACUUCUUUGAUCUGGGUCAUUGUUAUUUACCACAUGAGAAGGAAAAAUGAAGACUAUAGUAUCACAAACACAGAGGAGCUCAAUCUGCCUGCAGACAUUCCCAGCUACUUGUCUUCCCAAGGAACGCUGUCUGAGCCACAGGAAGGCUACAGCAACUCUGAGGCAGGCAGUCAUCAGCAACUUAUGCCUCCUGCCAAUGGAUAUAUACACAAAGGCACUGACGGUGGCACUAGUACCCGGGUGAUUUGCUCAGAUUGUUACGACAAUGCCAACAUCUACUCCAGGACCCGAGAAUACUGUCCAUACACCUAUAUUGCUGAGGAGGACGUUCUUGAUCAGACGCUGUCCAGCCUCAUGGUCCAAAUGCCUAAAGAGACAUAUUUAGUACAUCCUCCCCAGGAUACUACUGCCCUAGAGAGCCUGAUACCGUCAGCCAACAGAGAGCCAUCUGCCUUUCCCACCAACCAUGAGAGGAUAAGUGAGAAGAAACUUCCCUCCACAGAGAUGAGCGGUGAAACAUUGCAGCGGCCCGUGUGGAGCAUAAACAGAGAAUUAGGCCUGCCUCAUCCUGCUUUUUCCCAGCAGCCAGUCCAUGAGUCACCACAACUUCAUCAAAAUGAGGGCCUGGCAGGGAGAGAGCCAGACUGUUCUGCUUCUUCCAUGUCCUGCCACAGGUUACAGGAUCAUGCUUUUGAUUUUAGUAGGACUCGGAACAUUCAAGAUGGUAGUGAGGGCACAUGAAACUCACUUCAGGAUGAAAUCUGGGCAGAGACUUAUUAAUUAAUUUUGCAUUUACUACCUCAGAGCUCAGAAGAAACUCCGAAGUCAGCAUUUGCUUUACUCUUUCUUUAUGAUUGCAUCUGACCGCACCAAGGUGGGCCAUGUGUUGUUUGGUCUUAUACCUGAUGAAGAAAUGGCAACAGUUGACAGAAAUGGGUACAGCUCAUCAAAAAUGUGCAGCACCGGCAGAGGGAAGAUACGGGGCAAAUGUGCUUCCUGAUGCUUCCAUGGGGAUGUGCCCUGGUGUGCAUCUGCCUGUAAGGAAGAGUCACAUUGCUGCUUAACAUGGUGGAUUGCCCUAGUCUUCAGAAUGGUCCUGAGAAAACAUCACUACUUCGAUGUUCUACUUUGCUUUCCAAGGAGCAAAAAUAACUUUGGAGCCUUCUGGGAAGUGUGCCUGGGAUUCUUCAGUGGUUUCAGGCAGAUAGUUGAGACUGGGGCUUUGAUAUUCAAGGUCUUUGGCAAGAAUCCCAGGCUUGACCAACUGGUACCAGGUCAAAGAUUUUUGUAUUCUUGUGAAUUUUUUUUUUUGGUCCCUAUUGCCCAGGGAUGUCAUUGUAAAUAUAUGUGCAUUUAUAAAUAAUUUUUGUAUUCAUUGACCAUAUGUGUUGGCUGCAAUGUAAAUAUUUUUGACAUGCCAAAAUUAUAUGUAAUAUCCAGUUAUAAUAUUGACAAGUAGCUUCUCAGAUCACAGAUUUUAAAUAACUCAAUUUAGUGAGAUCUAAAAAUUUUAUUUAAAGUAUAAAAACUGUGGCUCACACCUGUAAUCCCAGCAUUUUGAGAGGCUAAGGUGGGAGGAUUGCUUGAGGCCAGGAAUUUGAGACCAGGCUGGGCAACAUGGUGAGACCCUGUGUCUGCAAAAAAUAAAUUAAAAAAAUAGCUGGACAUUGUGGCAUGCUGCUCUAGUCCUAGCUACUUGGGAGGCUGAGGUGGGAGGGUUAUUUGAGCCCGGGAAAUCAAGGCUGCAGUGAGCUGUGUGAAGCCACUGCAUCCCAGCCUGGGUGACAGAGCGAGGCCCUGGCUCAAAAGUAAAAUAAAUAAAAAGUUUUAAAAACUUACUUGUUAAGAAGUGUAUCUAUAGAGGCAGCUACUUAGUGAUUGUAUACACAUAAACACAGUCUUGGUGUAAUUAACCGCCUUCUUCAUGCCUGGAGGUUCAUACUUCUGGUCAUUUGCCAUCUGAUUAAAAGUGCUAGGUGAUACUCCCUUUCUAACAAACAUAAAAAGCUUGUUCUUUCAGAGCCUGGCAGUCCUGUCACAGCUGUAUGCACCUAGAGGAAAACUUGUUUGGAAAUUCCUUUCAUUUCCUCUCCCUCUCCCUCCCUCCUUCCCUCUUUUUUACUGAAACAGAAAUUGAUUGAGGAAGGUUCAGUCAUUCCUUCAGGAACCAAUGAGUUAGAUCGGGUUGUUACUUUAUGUAUAAUGAACGCUUCAAAAACUGGAGGCUGAUUUAAAGAUUGCAGAACUUGAGUCAGAAUCAUAAGCAGUACUGUGACAUGAAUUGGAGCCAGAAUAGUUGCUGAUAUCAGAACCAUCUCUUUCAUUCUGUGACUUUGCUCUUGCCAUGUUCUGACUGGGGUGAGCCGCUAGGAUACAAAUCACUAUCACUGUCCAUAUUUGAGUCUGCAAAUCUUGUCAUUGUCUGCUUUAAUGCUCUUUGAGUUGCAACAGGUGUAUUAUUUAAAUGAGUAUUUGAAAUUCUGUGAACAGGAAUUCUUUUGGUAGUGAAAUAGGUUCUCACACCUGCUUGCUCAGAAUGUGAAAAUAUUAUUUCUGAGUUCUCUUUGUUCACUUUCUAAAGUGACUGUUGUUUGGUGUUGGAGAUGUUAACUGGGUUCUAUUAGGUGUGCUAUAUCUUGGCAAAUAUUCCCCAUGAUGAACUCUUCCUACUAUCACAAUCAGGACUAUGACUGGAUUUCUCAGUCUCAGUGCCCCAGAUUCACCAUUUCUGAUUGUGUCUGGAGAACAGUUUCCUGGAAAGGCAUUCCAUGUUCCAAAAGCUACAAAAACAUUCCACUUUGCAACUAUGGGUCAGUUAUUUGCUCUCUCAAUGUCUCAUGUUGCUGAGUUCUAGAAAAUCUCUGUCUCAUUUACCAGGGGUCAUUCAAAAGUCUGAGAUGUAUAUUAUUAUGAAAUAUUUGUGAAAUUUCUCACCAUGAAUUUGGAGGGAACCUACUUUUGUUUCUCGCUCUGGUUCUCCAUUGGUCUGGGCUCUUGCUUCUCAGUCUUCUCUGACCUCUGGUAAGUGGAACUUUCAUUAAUACUUCUGUCGCACUUUGUACCUGACCUAGGUGGCCUUGCAAAUGUUGACUCAGAUUGUGGAUUUUCCACUUUCCUCUGUUUUCCCUAUUUUCUCCCCUGGGAAGUCUUGCAGAUGAUGCAUAUUCAUUUUCUGUAUUCAGCCUUCCAUUAUUAAGGAUAAAAUUGAUCCCUACAUUGAAUCUGAAAUUACCACUAUAUGGAUUACUCUGGCUCACUGCUGUCCAAGCUUGGUUUUCUCUUUGCUUACUUCCUGUCAUAUUUUCAGUUUGCCCAAAAGAGGUAAGCCACUUUAUUACAGACCCAUUACUAGUGCUAGGCGUCAUCCACCUCUGUUUUCACCUGAUUCUUGUGGGGAAUCCUCUUUAAUUUGUUGUAACCUUCUCAGCAACUCUUCUGUACUUCACCUAUAGUGCCUAGCAAAUUGUUAUCACUCAUAAGCCUGUAAUCUUCAUCACUCAGGUUAUUUGCAAGUAGAAAGCUUCUGGAACCAAUUUGUCCAUCCGACUUCUGCACUGGGCCACAUCCAUCUUCUUCAUUGUCAGAAUCUGAGUUUUCUGUCUUGAAGAACAGCUGGAAAGUUGUCUGGCUGUUAUGACACAGUAUUGAAAUACCAGACUGAGUUUCAGUUGUUUCUAGUUGUGUUCACUUUGUGCUUUCUCUGAAUGGGAAUAUCUUCUUUCAGCAAAGUUCUUCAUUGACCAGGAAACCAAAGAUUGCUUCUUUUCCAAGUUUGUUUUGUUUUUAAUCUUUUACCAAUGUGCAGUAUAUCUUAAGAAGGGAAGAGUGCUCUUGGGAGUAGAAGAACAUGCAAACAUUCUUUUUUCUUUAUUAUUAUUUGAGAUGGAGUCCCUCUUGGUCACCCAGGCUGGAGCGCAGUGGCAUGAUCUUGGCUUACUGCAACCUCCGCCUCCCAGGUUCAAGCAAUUCUCUUGCCUCAGCCUCCCAAGUAGCUGGGAUUACAGGCACACCACCAUUUCCAGCUUUUUUUUUUUUUUUUUUUGGUAUUUUUAGUAGAGAUGGGGUUUCACCAUGUUGGCCAGGCUGGUCUUGAACUCCUGACCUCAGGUGAUCUGCUUGCCUUGGCCUCCCAAAGUGCUGGGAUUACAGGCAUGAGCCACUUGCCUGGCCCGAAAAUUCUUAUACUGUAAAGCCUUGUAGUGGUCCUUAUUUUUUUUUUUUUUUUUUUUGAGACGGAGUCUCGCUCUGUCACCCAGACUGGAGUGCAGUGGCACAAUCUCGGCUCACUGCAACCUCUGCCUCCCGGGUUCAAGCCCUUCUCCUGCCUCAGCCUCCCGAGCACCUGGGAUUACAGGCAUGCACCACCAUGCCCGGCUAAUUUUAUUUGUAUUUUUAGUAGAGACGGGGUUUCUCCAUGUUGGUCAGGCUGGCCUCGAACUCCUGACCUCAGGUGAUCCACCCGCCUCGGCCUCCCAGAGUGCUGGGAUUAGGCGUGAGCCACCGAGCCCGGCCGGUCCUUGUUUUAUACAAGUGAUUAAGCCAAAAAGUUUUCUUGAAUUUCUGAUACCAAAGAGCUUUAGGUAAAUAAAGAACUUCACACUCUAAUGCAAUGUAAUUCUUUCUUUGUGCUUUCAGAUUUCCUUACACUUCCUGUCCAGUUCUCUCCUCUAAAUCCAAUAUUACUCACUAGAUAAUUUCAGCCACUUAAAUAAAAAUAUCUAUUUUUAAGUCCUGGUUCAAGGGUUCCAAACUCACAUAAUUUCUCAACUUUUUGCCAGAAAGUUGAGCAUUUAUUCAUACUUAUUUUCAAUCCUAAGUGUUCUCCCAUGGGCAGCAGCACUUCUUGAGCUGUUUAGUACUGCCAUACCUUUUUCUUUCUUUAAUAUGUCAGCCUCUGAUCAUUUUCACUUUGAACUUCCUAAAGAUCACAAUUUCCUAUCCCUUCAAUCUGCGAUCCCUCUUCUUCCUUUCUUACUAGAUUAUGGUGUAGUUUGUACUAGACUGACUCAUUAAGACCUUGUACGCUUCCUGACUCUGCUUGUUACUGGCUUUGUAAUCAAGGGUGAGUCUUUUUACUUCUCUAGGCUAGAUUUUCUCAUUUAUGAAAUGAGGACAUUUUUCUAGAUGCUGUAAAGCCCUUUCCAGCUGUAACAUUCUAUGAAUCUGUAAUUCCCUCCAGGAGCUAAGGAGGAUUAUGCUACUUUAAUAAAAAGCUGCUUUGGUGACAUUUGUUCGAGUAGAACAAGAGUGAUGCUGCUCAUUCUGACUUGAGCCAGAUGUAUUUCCUUUAUAGCAGGAGUAAUGGUCUAAGAAAUACUCAUUAGGAGAAAAAAAUUCUGCUUCUAAACAGUAUUAGUAAACAAAGAAUCUUGACUCAGUUGAAAAACCACCCAUUGCUCUCUAGAGCAGAAUGUCUGAAUGCUGGUUUUAUAGCACACUAGAAUAUCAGAAUGAGUUGACAGGUAUACCACAACUAAUUUGUAACUAGUUUGUGACUCACCUUGCUAACGUAUUCGAAGUUAUCCCUAUAAUUAUAUUACUCUCGCUCAAAUUCUGAUAGAUUUCCUGAAUGGAAUAGGUGGAGUUAGGGCUAGGCUGCCAGAGACUGUGCCAAUGAGCAUCACCCGUCGUGUGUGAGAGAGCAGAAGAUAGCCUGUGAGCCAGUGCUCUAGAAAACAUCAUGUAGGAGGCCAGUCACGGUGGCUCAUGCCUGUAAUCCCAGCACUUUGGGAGGCCGAGGUGGAUGGAUCACGAGAUCAAGAGAUCGAGACCAUCCUGGUCAACAUGGUGAAAUUCCACCUCUACUAAAAAUACAAAAAUUAGCUGGGUGUGGUGGUGCGCGCCUGUAGUCCCAGCUGCUCGGGAGGCUAAGGCAGGAGAAUCACUCGAACCUGGGGGGCAGAGGUUGCAGUGAGCCGAGAUUGCACCACUGCACUCCAGCCUGGUGACAGAGUGAGACUCCGUCUCAAAAAAAAAAAAAAAAAAAAAAAAAAACCCGUGUAGGAGUACUGCCUCUGCUCUAGCAGUGGUCCUUCUACUGACAGUGCUGUCAGAGUCUGGUCUCCUAAAGAGCCAGGUCAUUUUCCAUUGUGUCAACUCAGAUGGUUGAGAUGUCCUUAGGUAUUCCUAGCUUGCCUAAAUAACUAGUCAGCAAUCUAUUUAAAUGUGAAGAGCCUAUCUCUGGUCUUUAAAUAAACACCUCCCCCACCCCCCCCCCCCCCACCCAGGAAAAGGAAUGCCUGAAACUUUUCAUUAUUGCAUAUGUUUCUGAUCAAGCAAUAUGUUAACCCUCUAAGUAGGAUUAGUGUCCCAUGAGUAUUUCUUCCAGCAGAAUCACGUCUGCCUAAUGCUAAUCAGGAAUGUUGCAAACUGAAAUGCUCCUUUCCCCACUGCCCCCUAAUGACCAUUUUCAGGAGGAAUACAUACAUUCUCUUGAUUUGUUUGUCCCCUUUCAGGCUGAUUCUCCACUUCUACCUGGAAGAAAAGACAGUAUUCCUUGAACUCCAUGCCCUACUGGUACAGGAUCUACACUUAUGCCAUUGGCUUUCUGUCACUCCGCAACUUGUACUUUUUUUUUUUGAGACAGGGUUUCACCCUGUCAGCCAGGCUGGAGUGCAAUGGUGUGAUCGUGGCUCACUGUCGUCACUGCAGCCUUGAUAUCUCAAGCCCAAGUGAUCCUCCCACCUCAACCACCUGAGUAGCUGUGCCACCACACCCGGCUAAUUUUUGUAUUUUUUGUAGAGAUGGGGUUUCACCUUGUUGCCCAGGCUGAUCACAAACUCCUGGGCUCAAGCCAUCUCCCCACUUAGGCCUCCCAAAGUGCGGGGAUUAUAGGCAUGAGCCACCGCACCCCGCAGUACUUUCCCUAAUAUACAAGCUACUCUCCUGAAAAAAAUAGCAGGAACCCAUUCCAAUGUCCAAGCUCCCCUAAAGUGCCAACUCAGAAUAACUUUCAUGUUUAAAAACAGCUGUCUUCACAUUGCCCAUUGUGAGGUUGUAAAAGGAAGUUAAGAUGUCAAGCAAUUUAGAUUCUGUUACCCAUUUCCCUAUGAAAAGAGAUGUGUUAAAAGUCUUUAACUACUUAAAGGGUCAUCAUGAAAAAUAAGAAUUCUAUUCCAGAAGCCAGAGUUAUACACAGGGAGGUGUAUUAUAUACUUGCUAAUAGAUUUUGUGUAGGCUUUUUAGUAAAUUUAUCUGAUAAUGAAAUAAUCAGCCUUUUUGGUGGAAAGGUACAUACAGAAGCUAAAUCAUCAUGUGUUAAUAGUGUUUAAGAGAUUUCUUCAUUGAGAUGGAAUAUGGGCAAGAUGACCUUUAAGGUCUUUUUCACUUUUAUCAUUGGAAAUCCCCAGAAGCAAUCUGAUAGUCUUAAAACUUUGUCCUUUCUAAGUCCUUUGUAUUCAUUUUAGAGCUCUUCAGGAAACUAGAGAAUUUUGGACUUUGGUUGACAAAAGCGGUCUGACCUGUGUUCGUAGCUGGGAACAUGAAACACAAAAUUCUGGGUUUAAUCUUCUGAAGAAAUCUACAAGUAGUUACUAGCAUAAAUGGCAUUACUAUACUAACAAAUUUAAAAGCCUAUAAUGUAUUAAAACUCUUUUUUACUCGAUUACUUUUAUUUUUUUAAGACAGAGUCUUGCUCUAUUGCCCCGGCUGGAGUGCAGUGGCACGGUCUCAGCUCACUGCAAUCUCCGCCUCCCAGGUUCAAGCGAUUCUCCUGCCUCAGCCUCCCAAGUAGCUGGAAUUAAUUACAGACGCCCACCACCAUGCCCGGCUAAUUUUUGUAUUUUUAGUAGAUGGGGUUUCACCGUGUUGCCUAGGCUGGUCUUGAACUCCUGACCUCAAGUGAUCAACCCACCUUGGCCUCCCAAAGUGCUGGGAUUACAGGCAUGAGCCACUGUGCCCAGCCCUCUUGAUAAUUUUUAUUCUUGUUUCUUCUUAUCUGUGGGACUGCAAUUAGAAUGGGGUUGAGAUUGUGGUGUUCAGUUUUAUACCAAUAUUUUACCCAAGUGUGUCAUGGCCUUUUCUAAUCAUUUUAAUAUCCCCAGAAAUGCCAGAAGUGUAAAGGAAUAACAGAGGUAAAUUUGCUGUCAUUUUAUGCCACAUCCUCUUUUGUUACUUUGCUUCUUGAUACAGAUUAUAGAGGUAAUUGUGAAGACAGUUGAACCUUAGAAGAUUGAGCUAAGAUUCUUUUUUUGGCAACCUGCAAGUAAUGUUUCAUUUUUCUAUUACGUGAUCUCUUUCCCCAUACAGUUGGCAGAUGUUUUUUCCCCCUUUUUCUACCUUAAACUUUUUUGUUUGGAGUACAGUCUAAACCAACAUCAGUUAGCCUUGAUUUUCUUUCUUUUUUGGACAACUGUCUGGUUCAUUGACAAAAGUAACAAGUUUGGAACUAAGAGAUAUGUUACAAGCUGCACUUAACACCACCUGAAAACCCAAGAAUCAUCUGAAGGUUUUGUCAGUAGUAAGGUAGGUUUUGUGUGUGUGUGUGUGUGUGUGUGUGUGAAGAUGGAAUAGGGUGAAGGUGAAGAAACAGCUUGACUUGUGCCUGUUUUCAGAUAAAGGAGUAAAGUGAUCUACAAACUGUAACUAUCUUGAAAGAGAAAUUGAUCAUCAGAUGGUCAAGUACUCUUGGAAUGUCUCUUUGCUGUUUACUGUGGCCUCUUUACAAUGGUGAGACUUAUUUCUACCCUCUACUUUCCACUAUUAUUUUUUUCCCCUAUUGGAUAAUGCCAGUCUGAGCAGCCCUAAUACUAGAUGUACCUAAACAGAGAUACAAGCCAAGUCAUUGUUCAGUGUAGUCAUUUCUUAGUAUCUGUUUAUAUUUUGUCACACAUCAGAAUGUAUAUUUUAUAGAGCAUGUGUUUGUCUACUUGUUUGUCUACUAUAAUAUGUCUUUAAUAAAGCUAAAAACAUUCUGA